ACUCUCCUCAGAUCUCUACCCCAUCUCUCCCACCGCUUCUCAGAUCCACCACCAACACCCGCGGUCGCCGGCGGCCACCGCGCGCGCCAUGGCCGCGCCAGCGACGCCGCGGCUACUCCUCUCGCCGACCUCCAAGGACCUCAUCGCCGCCGCCUCCUCCUCCUUCCCGUCGCCGCCCUCCCCGACGACCUCUUCCGAUCCCGCCUCCCCGCUCGACGCCUUCGCCUCCGACCCGGUCCUCUCCGCGUUCCUCUCCCCGUCCUUCUCCCCCUCCGACUUCUCCUCCGCCGCGCUCUCCUCGGGCCUCGCCGCCUCCCGCGCCGAGCAGCUGCAGGAGGCCAUCCGCCUCCUCCGCCGCCACCUCCGCGCCGAGGUGCUCCGCCGCCACCCGCUCCUCCUCUCCCACCUCCUCUCCCUCCGCUCCGCCUCCGCCUCGCUCUCCUCCCUCCCCUCCCACCUCCACCUCCUCUCCUCCCACCUCUCGCUCCUCUCCUCCCAUCUCUCCGCGCCGCGCGCACACCUCGCGCACUCCUCCUCCUCCCUCUCCACCCUCCUCUCCACCGCCGACCUCCUGCUCCACUCCCACCGCCUCGUCCGCCUCUCCUCCCGCCUCCUCACCUCCACGCCGCCUCCUGACCUCGCCCGCCAGGCCGAGCUCCACCGCGAGAUCCGCCUUCUCUACGAGGAGAAGAACCUCGCCGGCAUCAAUGCCGUCGACGAGGAGAUGCGCAAGGUCGAUGCGGCUGCCUCUAAGCUCCGAUCGGAGGCCAGCGCUGUGAUCGAUCGCGGCAUUGCUGAGUCCAACCAGAACGACGUCUGGUGCGGGCUGCAGGUGUACUAUAAUCUCGGAGAACUGAAGCCGGCAGUGGAAGGGCUCGUGGCGAAGUACAAGGCGGCAGGAGCGAAGAGUGUGGCUGUGGCACUGGACAUGAAGGCUAUAUCAAUGGCUGCAGGGGGUGGAGGUGGCCCUGGAGGCGUGCAGAGGAGUGGCACGCCACAGAUUGGUGGCAGUAAGAAGGCGGCGGAGGCACUGUGGGAUAGGAUGAGACAGUGCAUGGAGGAGCUGCAUCGGUCGGUCACGGCCGCAUGGCAGCUGCAGACUGUGCUCACCAAGAAACGUGUUCCAUUCACACAAAUGCUGUUCCUCGAGGAGGUUUGGCAGGAGGGUGAUCCUCUGUUAACAGAGAGAGUAUGGGAUGCUAUUGUUAAGGCCUUUGCAAGUCAACUGAAAUCUGCCUUUACAGCGUCAAGCUUUGUGAAGGAAAUUUUUACUCUUGGAUACCCAAGAUUGUUUUCAAUGAUUGAGAACCUCCUCGAGAGGAUUUUAAGAGACACCGAUGUAAAAGGCACCCUUCCAGCUCUUACUCCCGUAGGGAAAAACCACAUGACUGCAGCCAUUGAGAUAUUCCAGACAGCCUUUCUGGCUCUUUGUCAUAGUCGCCUCUCUGAUUAUAUCAAUAGCAUAUUUCCCAUGUCAGGCCGUGGUAUACCUUCAAAAGACCAAAUAUCAAGGUUAAUUUCUCGCAUCCAAGAGGAAGUUGAAGUUGUGAGAACUCAUGGGCAUUUGCUUGCUCGUGUUCUACAAGAAAUUGGAAAAGUUUUGCUUCUCCUAGCACAAAGAGCUGAAUAUCAGAUCUCUACUGGCACUGAAGCCCGGCAAGUUACUGGCACAGUGACUCCAGCUCAACUGAAAAACUUUGCUCUAUGUCUUCACCUCCAGGAUGUUCACACACGUAUUUCAAGCAUUGUGUCAACACUUCCAAAUGUUACCUCUGAAAAACUUUCCAAAUCCCUUGAGGCCAUUUAUACAGUCGCGUGUGAUUCAGUGAGCCCUCUAUUCAAAGAAAUGUUUGAUCGUCUCGGAUCAUGCAUUCUGAAAAUGCACGAGCAGGACUUUGGAACUCAUGGAAUGGACGCAACAAUGGAUAACAACGCUUCAGCUUACAUGGAGGAACUGCAGAAGUGUGCUGUCCACUUCCGUAGCGAGUUCUUGUCAAAGCUUCUACCUUCAUCAUCAUCCCGCUCAGAGACCAUCUGUACCAUAAUGGUUAGAAGUAUGGCCUCAAGAGUCCUCAUAUUGUUCAUAAGGCACGCCUCUCUAGUUAGGCCACUCUCUGAAGCCGGGAAGCUGAGAAUGACAAGGGACAUGGCCGAGCUGGAGCUCGCUGUUGGUCAGAAUCUGUUUCCAGUGGAGCAGCUAGGCGCACCGUACCGGGCGCUGCGUGCAUUCAGGCCUGUCCUAUUCCUGGAGACGUCUCAGCUUGAGAAAUCUCCACUCCUUCAGGACUUGCCCCCUAGUGUGAUCCUCCACCACCUAUAUUCUCGAGGACCUGAUGAGUUACAGUCUCCAUUGCAGCGUAACAAGCUCACGCCGCUGCAGUAUUCUCUCUGGCUUGAUUCCCAGGGCGAGGAUCAGAUCUGGAAAGGGGUGAAAGCAACCUUGGAUGACUACGAGAUGAAGGUCAGGUCUCGCGGAGAUAAGGAGUUCAGCCCUGUGUACCCUCUCAUGCUUCAGAUUGGAUCUGCAUUGUCUCAGGCCAAGGGCUAAACCUGUGUUCAGUUCAACCCAGCAUCACAUAUGUUUGUAUCAUCAUCAUGUAGGCAUUGGGUACUUGAGAGAUCGAUUGAGCUUUGGAAUAGUUUAUACAAAUGAAAUAGCAUUUGCAUUUGUUUUUUUUAUGGAAAUAAAGGUGUUCAAAGUACAGACUCUUUCUCCUAGCUC